AUGGCGGCGCGCCUGAUGAACCGUGUUGUCAAUGGAAAAGGUCAACGGAUUAGUAAAUUUUCCCGGCGCUUGUUAAGCAGCUCAAAAUCAAACAACAAUGUAGAUAUCACAAACUUGACUUUGGCUGAGAAACUGCCAGGUCUUCCGGAUCCACAGUAUGCAUCCGUGACCAGUCAUGCCUAUGAUACUCAUGUAACAACAUUGGACAAUGGGCUGAAAGUAGCUUCAGAAAACAAAUUUGGCCAAUUCUGUACAGUUGGAGUGUUAAUGAGCUCUGGAUCCCGAUAUGAAGCGGCUUACCCAAGUGGAGUUACACAUUUCCUGGAGAAAUUGUCAUUUGGGACCACACCACUUUGGAGUGACAGAGACAGAAUCCUGCAGGACCUGGAGAAAGUUGGAGGCAUUUGUGACUGUCAGGGCUCAAGAGACACCCUGGUGUAUGCUGCAUCUGCCAGGACACAUGGACUUGAUACUGUCUUGAACAUUUUGUCAGAUGUCACUUUGAGACCUCUCUUUCCAGAUGACCAGAUUGAUCAUGCUCGUAAAGCUAUUGGCUUUGAGAUUGAAGCCAUGCACAUGGAUCCGAACCCAGAGUCUCUUCUGAUGGAAAUGAUUCAUUCGGCUGCCUACCAUGGUAACACAUUGGGCCUACCACGCAUCUGCCCACCAGAGAACAUCAACAUCAUCACCAGGCCUGUUCUGUACGCCUACAUGAAUGAAAGACACCAUCCAAAGAACACCGUGAUUGCUGGUGUGGGAGUAGACCACGAGAAGCUGGUCCAGUUGGCUCACAAGUUUUUUGUGGAGGAGAAGAAGCCUCUGUGGUUGUCAGAGGGAGAAACUUGGGGCCAGAGGGAAGUGGAACCUACCUGUAUUUCACAGUAUACGGGCGGCAGUGUGCAGGUAGAGAAAGAUUUGUCCAAUGUGAGUCUUGGCCCAACACCGAUGCCAGAGUUGGUCCAUGUUGUGUUUGGUCUGGAGAGCUGCAGUCAUAAAGACCCAGACUUCAUUGCUUUCUGUGUGCUCAACAUGAUGCUUGGAGGAGGCGGCUCUUUUUCUGCUGGCGGCCCCGGCAAAGGAAUGUACACAAGAUUAUAUCUCAAUGUCUUGAACAGAUACGUGUGGAUAGAGAGUGCCACGGCUUAUAACCACGCUUAUGAGGACAGUGGAUUGUUCUGUAUUCAUGCCAGUUCUCAUCCUUCUAAACUGAGGGAGUUGGUGGAGGUGAUUCUUCGAGAAAUUGUGUUCACAGCAAGUACUGUCUAUCAGGAUGAACUGAACAGAGCUAAACGUCAGCUGCAGUCCAUGCUAAUGAUGAACCUUGAGGUCAGACCUGUAGUGUUUGAGGACAUUGGUCGCCAGGUACUGGCUGGCUCAACCAGGCACCCACCACAGUUUUACUUUGAUCAGAUUGGGAAUAUAACAGAGCGUGACAUCCAGCGGGUGGCUAAUCGUAUGUUGAAGAGCAAACUCUCAGUUGCUGCAUAUGGCAGUCUGGCAGGCUUACCCGCUUACGAGGAUAUGGAAGCAGCCAUCUUGAACAAGAAUGGAAGGAUACCCAACAAACAGAGCUUCUCUUUAUUCCGACGAUAA